AUACAGUAGUAACCCAUGCGGAGUGAGGUGGCAGUCUUAUUCCACAUUGACACUGACUUACUUACGCGCCUCUGUCUCUCUCUCUAUCUCUGUGUCUAUCGUUGAACGCACUUGAGGAGUAAAAGGAGAACAAAAAAAGGGUCAACAUGGCAUCGGGAAGUAUCUGUGAACGAUCCGGGAUCUAAUUCUCUUCUUGUGUGUGUUUUUAUAUUCGGUUGUGAGCGGACGGACUGUGAAGGCGCUGAUCACUAAGUUGCUCUUGACCCUGUUGGGACUUCGCUGGUGUGGAAUAGCAACAAAGGACGGGUGCGCGCAUUCAUGGGACGCGACUUUGACAGCUCUCCAUUUCUUGUCUUUUAACUUUAUUCGCCUGACAGCAGGGCCAGGGUUGCUACUCGCGCGGCAGCAUCAUGGCUGAGGCGCCGCUGGCCGAGCCACUCAUGGACUCGGACGUGGCCAUCGACCCGGACUUCGAGCCUCAGAAGCGGCCCAGAUCUUGCACCUGGCCGCUGCCGCGACCAGACUCGAGCGCGGCGAAACCGGAGAGCAACGACACCGAUAUUAUCCCCGAGGAAGAGGACGAUGAAGAGGACUGUGCCACCCCCACGGCUGUUAGUAUCAACGGUUCUGGUGUGGCGACAGAAGACCAGAACAGCAACAGCCCCGGCGCUGCCGACGGAUCCCUCUCGUCCCCCGGACAGGAGAGCGGAGGCUCCCCGCGCGACGCGCACUCCCCGUCGGGCGCCUCCGGCGCGCUGACUCCUAGCAGCCUGGCUGCACAGCAGACCCCGAGGAAAGCGUCCUCGCGCCGCAACGCGUGGGGGAAUCUCUCCUACGCUGACCUGAUAACCAAAGCCAUCGAGAGCACACCCGACAAGAGACUGACACUGUCCCAAAUAUACGACUGGAUGGUGAGAUCCAUCCCUUACUUCAAAGACAAAGGCGACAGCAACAGCUCUGCAGGCUGGAAGAACUCCAUCCGACACAACCUCUCCCUCCACAGCCGUUUCAUUCGAGUCCAGAAUGAGGGGACAGGGAAGAGUUCCUGGUGGAUGAUCAACCCCGAGGGAGGGAAGGGUGGGAAGGCUCCUCGCCGCCGUGCAGUGUCCAUGGACAACAGCAACAAGUACACCAAGUCUGCCCGUGGCCGCGCUGCCAAGAAGAAGGCGGCCCUGCAAGCUGCAGCUGCUGCAGCUGGUGAAGGCAGUGGGGACAGUCCUUCAGGUCUCUCCAAGUGGCCAGGAAGCCCAACGUCACGCAGCAGUGAGGAGCUUGAUGCCUGGACAGACUUCCGCUCCCGCACUAACUCCAAUGCCAGCACUCUAAGCGGACGCCUCUCACCAAUUCUGGCCAACCCUGAGUUAGAUGAGGUGCCCGAUGAUGAGCCCCCCCUCUCGCCUAUGUUCUACUCCAGCCCUGGCAAAACGCUCUCUCCUGGCAACACCACAACCAAUGGGAAAGCUGUUCCUACUGAACUGCCCCGCCUGGCAGAUCUGGCAGGCACAAUGAACCUGAAUGAUGGACUCACAGAUGAGCUAAUGGAUGAGCUGCUUGAUAAUAUCAACUUGGUGCCAACCACUUCCAGCCAGUCCUCUCAAAAUGAUUCCUCAGGGUUCAGUUUUGGCUCCAAACCCAACGGGCUUGGCUCACCUUCCUCCAACUCCUCUUCCUCCACCAACCCUUCUCCUAAUGGUGGAGUUAACGGCUUCAGUAACUCCAUUUUUGGACCCCACACGGCGGGUUCUCUGCGUCCGUCCCCCAUGCAGACCAUCCAGGAGAACAAGCAGACCUCCUUCUCCAGCAUCAGCAUGUCUCGCUUUGGCGGCCAGACACUACAGGAUCUGCUCAACUCUGACAGUCACAGCCACAGCGAUGUCAUGAUGACUCAAUCAGACCCACUCAUGUCACAGGCCAGCGCCGCAGCUGUCAUUUCCCAGAAUUCCCGUCGUGGUCUCAUACUCCGCAACGAUCCUGUGAUGACUUUUGGGACCACCGGGGGUCUUCAGGGCAGCCAAGGUGAGAUGCUGCAGGGUAACAACCACAACCAAAGCUCCCUGAGAUCUUUAAAUGGAGGUCUGAACCUAGCUAAUGAGGCUAACAUUCUGGCUAAUGUUAAGCAGCAGCUCUUGCUCUCACCCUUGGGAGGUAAUGGGUCAUCCUCUAUGCAGAUCGACACUUCCCUCUUCCUGAAUGGAACCGUUAGCAGCAGUGGAGGGAUCUGUCAGGACCGAUUCCCCACAGAUCUGGAUUUGGACAUGUUCAACAGCAGCCUGGAGUGUGACAUGGACUCCAUCAUCAGGAACGAGCUGAUGGACGCAGACGGCCUGGACUUUAACUUUGACUCUUUGGCCAACAUGAACGGAGUUGGCAACUUCACUAGCACCAAGCAGAGCUGGGUACCUGGCUGAGAGGGUCAGGCCAGGAUGGAGCAGAGCAGGUCUGAACUGUGUGGUGCAAGAGAAGAUCAGCCAGACAACAUCCUUUUUGCCAAACCUGCCAUCAGCACAAUACGAAAUACAAACCCUAUGUUUACAGAAGAAGACUUCCUCUCGAGAGCUUUACCUUUUGCUCCCACACUGGUGAACUAUGAACAAUCUGACAGACUUGUAGAGAUGCUGCACAUAAUCCCUCAAAGCCUCCUGUGAAACAACAACAGUAAAAAUAAGAAGAAGAAGAAGAAGAAAAAAAGAAAGCUACGUCAAACAAUCACAACAAAUCUCAGAGUUAUGCAAUGUUCCUUUGACACCUGUCAAUAGACUCUGCUUAUCAAAAGGACGUUUCAGGUGAAAUACAAGGACUAAAGCAAAGAUGGGAGGAGUGCACGGUGCAGUUGUUCCCUUUGAAGAUUUAAAAAAGAAAAGAGAGAGAGACAGAAGUGUAAAGUGAAAAACAUCAAGAAGUGAUGUGGUGUAAAUCUGAUCCAGUGGUCUUCUGCGAAGUCUAAUGAUGAAUGAAAAAACAAAAGUCCCUCUGUUCUCCCUUAGAGAUUUUAAAUGUUCAGUGUUUGAUUUUUGGAUUUUCUGUUUAAUCAUUAAUUGCUUCUGCGUCAUACAUGUCUGUACAAAAAAACAACAAGAAGACUGGUCUGUCAAAAUCAAAAUCAAAACAAUGGAUGAGGAGUUUAGUCGCUGAGCAGCCACACGUCCAGUACACGCAGACACAAACGUACACACUUCCCCCC